CUGACCCUCAACCAAGCCGAGAUCCACAGACAACCUCUGUCUAAACGAAAAGCAGUCUGACCACUCCGUCAGGGAUGAACGCCUAUGAAAUAGUUGCGUGGUAGUAUUUCAAACAGCCGGAGCAUGGAGCGUUGUGGGGGACUGCUGCCUGCCAUAAUCGCCACCGCUUGUCUUCUAGGCAUGGUGAUAAGCCAGACCACACUUGCUCCUGCUGUGAUGAACACCACAGUCGGUGAGAUUGUGACUGAUGUGACAGCAACUUCAUUUAUCCCCGGCACCACAACCCCCGGCUGCUCUGCACUCAACAUUUCCUCCUGUGAGGCCUGUGUCCCUGGAUCGUACUACGACAACAGCACUUUGCUGUGCUCAUGCUGUCCUGACCUAGGGUUUUGCCUGUUUGCUGAGGACUGUGUCCCAUGUCCAAGAGGAUUCUUCCAGCCCCUGGCUGGACAGCAACAGUGUCUGCCAUGCAGUCGGGGUUUCUAUAUAAAUUUCGCUGGAAGCCCUGUGUGCAAUUCAUGCCCUCCUGGAUCCUUCAGCAAUGAGACCGGGGCAGACACCUGCAGAAGUUGCUCCCCUGGGUUUUUUUCAUCACAGCAGAAUUCCACAUCAUGUAAUCCAUGCACAAAAGGAACAUUUUGCAACUCCUCUAGCUGUGCCCAGUGCCACAUCUGUCCUGUGGGCACAGAGUCCCUUCAUGCCGCCGCCAAAGAAUGCACACCUUGUCGGCCAGGCAUGCAUAAGGCCUCCCAUCAGAGCAUGUGUCAGAUCUGCAACAGGGGCUUCUACCAGAUCCGUUGGGGCCAGGAAAGCUGUGAUGUCUGCCCCGAGAAUCACUAUUGCCCUAGUCCAGAUGUGAACCCCAUCAAGUGUCCCAGUGAUGCUUUCUGUCCAGAGGGCAGCACAGCACCAGGCUACUGCAUGGAGACCUUCUUCCGCAAAUCAGGGGAGACUUGUGAAUUGGCCCCUGUCACGAUUGCACUACUAGUCAUUGGAGGAGGGGUGGCCUUACUCUUUGUCAUUCUGCUGGUGCUCCGUCGAAAGAAAUUCACCGAUGGGGAGCUGUCCAUAGCUCAAACUCCAUUGCUACACAAAGAGCGACCUCAGGGUCGCUACUAUGGAAUUCCCUGUGAUGCAGAACCUGUGUACGCUGGCUGGUGAACACUGCUGAAGGGCAGUCUGCACCUAAUUGUUUCUUAAUGUUUGGUACCUUGUAAAACAAGACCAGCUAAAGUCUAAGACUGCAAUAGUGACUCAACCAUGGACAGAAGGAUUUGAUCAAAAAAGACUGACUGCUGAUCCUAAAUCCUAGACGGGGUCAUAUUUUAGUAAAUAGAGCCUUGACGAGCAGAUUUUAAUCGUCUCACAUUUUGUUGUUGACUGCCACUGUUAUUGAUGUUCUGUCUGCAGGAUAAAAACGUUCCUUUUUUUAAAAAAAAAUUUGGGUAAAUGGAUUAAAGCUGUUAUACUGGAAUGAUGAAAAGGUGAUCCCUUAACCUGGUGGACCCUUCUGUUAUAAAGAGCACUUUGUACUGAUGCGUUCUAUUUAAUUUGCACUCGUGUCUUGGUAGAUUUAUGGGUGCCUCCUGUGCUUUGUGGAAUGGCUCCUCAGUUUUAGAAAGAUGUGAACUGUGGUUGGUUCCUUGUGUUUUAUACGUUUUUGACGAAGGGGUCUCUAUUGUUUGUAGUUCCACUGGUGUUUAAUUUUUUUCACUUGUUCUAUUUAAAAAAAAGAUUAUAUUUGUAUGUUUUAAAGGAAAAAUAAAUAAAAUCGAUCAACAUGAGUCUGUGCUUGAAUUGCCUCAC